UUCUUCUCUCUCUCUCUCUCUCUCUCUCUCUCUCUCUCCACUUUCCCUCUCUCACUGGACCUGCGUAACCUUGUUUACUUCACACAGAGAAAGCUUAAAUAAUGGGUGUUAAUUAUGAUACCCCAAAACUGAGUUUGCGCCCUGAUAUUGAGAUUGAUGAUGUUGAGUAUGCUGGAAAAAAAAGCACGAGAAAAGAUGCUUUGGGUGAGGAAGAGGAAGACUGGGGUUUGAUUCCAAAGAGAUCAAAAAAGGAAGAAAGGGAUUUAUCAGUCUCAGAUGACGAGAGUGACUCAGAAAGAGACACAGAUGGAGAAGAUGAAUCAGAGCAAGAUAUUCUUCAGCAGGAUGAUGAAAUGCAAGAACUUCAAAAGGAAUACGAUAGCAUCCGUGAUCAACAAGAAGAUAUCUUGGAAAUUUUGAAGCGAAACAAAGAUGAUGAUGUACUGAAAGGUCAAGCUGUCAAAAACCAAAAGGCUCUUUGGGAUAAAGCUCUAGAGAUACGGAUUUUACUGCAGAAAGCAUUCUCAAAUUCAAACAGAUUACCACAGGAACCUCUAAGGUCUGAGUUCUGCAAUGCAGACGAGGAGGUUGAUCAAGCAUAUUCUGAACUGGUGACCUCAACUGAGAAGACCAUACAAUGUCUCUUGGACCUACAGGAAGCUCUAAUUGAGAGGAACUCAUCUGUCUCACAAAAAAGCAGAAAUGGUACUAAAGAGGUAUCUUGUGAGGAUGCAACGACCUCUGACUCAACAUUGCAAGGUGUAGAUGAAACUUGGUCAUGUGUACAGCGAAUGCAUUACAGAAUUGCUCCAUUCAGAGAUAGUUCAAUAGACAAAUGGCAGAGAAAGACACAGAUGACCACCGGUGCAGCUGCUUUCAAAAACAAAUUACGUGCUUUUAAUCAGAACAUUAGUCAACAAGUGUCUGAACACAUGAGAGAUCCUAGUCGGAUGAUCAACCGGAUGCAACUCACAAGGUCUUCCCUUAAUAUUUUUGGAAAGGAUGCAGAAGGGGGUGCAAAUGGAAAGGAAGAGGUUCUCAAUGCUGAUGGUGAUCCAGAGCUUUUGGAUGACUCUGAAUUUUACCAACAACUUUUGAAGGAGUUCUUAGAGUCUUUCGAUCCUAGAUCUUCUGGAGCUAAUGUAAAUGGUUUGAAAAGGCCACAAAAGAAGAGGAAGGUGGUUGACAGGCGAGCUUCAAAGAGUCGCAGGAUAAGGUACAAUGUUCACGAAAAGAUUCAGAAUUUCAUGGCACCAAUGCCAAUGGUGCUGCCUGAUAUGGCACCUAAACUGUUUGAGAACUUGUUCGGCCUGCAAACUGUGAACUCGGCUUAGACCUUCCAUCUGUUCUUAGUCUUAGCCGACUUGUGAAUCGGCUUAAACAUUCUAUUUGUUCUUAAUUUUGGCUGGCUUUAUCCAAUUUUCUCUAUUUGUGUACAAUAUUGUAACUUAUUGUUCUCUUACAUUUGCCAUUUGUGGUAGAGUUUCAAUCAUCAGGCAUUUUUUCCUA